AUGUUGCUCACUUGGGAUUGGAAGAAGCUUUUCGCCGUCCAGGCUCUUUUCGCACUCGUCUGGGCACAGGCUCCCCAGGAAAAUUACGAUGUCAUCGUGAUUGGCGGGGGUCCCUCUGGCCUCAGUGCAGCCAGUGCGCUGUCGCGCGUCCUAAGAAAGGUAGCCCUGUUUGACUCGGGAGAGUAUCGCAAUAAUCCCACCAGACACAUGCACGAUGUCAUUGGAAGCGACCAUGUCGUUCCGGCUGAGUUCCGAGAAGCUGCCAGAAAGCAAAUCUCUUUCUAUAACAUGACGACUUUCUUCGACCAAGAGGUCAUAACUAUGCAAAAAACUGAGAACACUUUCCAUGCUACGACCGCCAAUGGCACCUACACCGCACGCAAGGUCAUCCUGGCCAGCGGCCUGAAGGAUGACCUCCCCAACGUCCCGGGGCUCCGGGACGCAUUCGGCAACGGCGUGUUCUGGUGUCCAUGGUGUGAUGGGUUCGAGCACCGGGACCAGCCGAUGGGUGUCCUAGGAGAUCUCUCCGAUGCGUAUGACAGUGUGAAGGAAUUACACCCAACUCUCAACAAGGACAUUCGCAUCUACGCGAACGGCACCAACAACGCCGCUCAACUCAACCGGCUUAACAGUAAAAACAGAGACUGGCAGAAAGUUUUCAACGCGUACAAUGUUACUGUCAACGCUAAGCCCAUUCUGAAUAUCACGCGAACACAAAGCGGGAGCGACUACCAAGACUCGGCAAUUCGGAAGGAAUUUGACAAGUUCCGGGUUUACUUCUCGGACGGAACCUACGAGGAACGGGGCGCAUUUAUCACCAAUUACGGUACUUCUCAGGCAUCCAAUCUGCCGGAGCAGUUAAAAGUUGGGUUUUUGGGGAAGAAAAUGAACACGACGGCCCCUGGCUUAAGAACCACUAUUCCCGGAGUCUGGGGUGUGGGUGAUGCCAACAGCGAUAACAGCACCAAUGUCCCGCAUGCCAUGUUUAGCGGGAAGAAGGCAGCCGUUUUCUGCCAUGUUGAAAUGGCUACGGAGGAGCUGGCACAAGUCAGUGGCAGCCCGGCCAAAAGAGCAGCCAUGCUUGAUGACCGGUCUAUACAUGAGCGGACCGCGAGACAAAUGGGUGAUGAAGUCGGCGAUGUUUACAGGAGACUUGCCCGCUUCUGA